UAGUAGACAUUGUCACUGAGAUCUUGGUGGUUUUAUUUAGUACAUUUCAUAAGUAUUUAUAUUCUGUUCCACAAAACUAAAUUUUGUUUCUUUAAAUAAUAAACAAUUAAGAUAAAAUGAAUAUUGCUCGCAAUUUUCAUUCUUUAAAAACGGCUCUUGGCUGUUUAAACCGAAGUUCAUUGACAUCUAAAUCAAUACGAAGAGAAAGCCAUGUGGUUUCAUAUCGAAAGGGUCCACCGGCUCAUUCGAAUGCCACUAAGAUUGGUGCCAUUGCUGUUGGAGGAGCCAUGUGGUGGUGGGUAAUUUGGCACUUGUGGCAUGAACCUGAUCAUAUUACGGGCGAAUUUGAAUAUCCAAACUCGGCAAAAUGGAGCAACUCGGAAUUGGGAAUACCAAAAGAUGAUUAAUAAAUAAUAUGGGCUAUCUGUUGUUUGCAUAACAUGAAAAAUAAAAUCUAACGAAAGUAAACUUGGUUUACGACUUAUCCUAGUAUCCUUUUCAUGUCAGCAAUGAUACAACAAAUAAAAGCGAGACUUUUAAAUGUA